CUCUCUCUUGUUUAAUGCUGUUCCGGGUUAGCAAAAGCCAGGAAAGAUGGCGGCGCCCAUGGAGUUGUAUUGCUGGGCCGGCGGGUGGGGGUUGCCCACCGUCGACCCCGAUUGCUUGGCCGUUUUGACUUAUGCUCGAUUCACAGGGGCUCCCCUCAAAGUUCACAAAAUCACCAACCCCUGGAGAAGCCCCUCCGGAUCGCUCCCGGCGCUCAAGACCUCGGACGGAGUUUUUUCCGAUACGCAGGAAAUCAUCACCCAUUUUAGGAAGCAGCAAUUUAAUGCAGAUUACGAUCUCUCGGCGUUGCAAGGAGCGGACACACUAGCCUUCCUUUCUCUGGUAAAGAGGAAGCUCCUGCCCAUGUUGAUCCACACUUUCUGGGUGGACGCGAAGAAUUACGUGGAGCACACGCGGAAGUGGUACGCGGAAGCCAUUCCGUUCCCACUUAAUUUUUUCCUGCCGAGCCGAAUGCAGAAACGGCAGCUGGAGCGUUUGCAGACGGUCUGCGGGGAAAACUGGCAGGACGACGAAGAGCAGCUGGAAAAACAGCUUUAUCGAGACGGUUGUGAGUGUCUCACCCUUCUGUCGCAACGCCUCGGCAGGAAAAAAUUCUUCUUCGGAGACUCGUAAGUAACUUGGGGAGUUGAGGGU